AUGUGGGGUCGCAGUGCCUGGCGGCUCCUGCGCUCCGAAAGCCUCGGGGGCCGCCGGGUUUCAGCCCCCCGCUGGCGUUUCUCGCCGGCCCUGCGGAGAGACUUCUUCACCACCACAACCAAAGAAUCACAUGAUAUAAGGCGAGUGGACAUAACUCCUUUAGAACAAAGGAAAUUAACUUUUGAUACCCAUGCAUUGGUUCAGGACUUGGAAACUCAUGGAUUUGACAAAGCACAAGCAGAAACAAUUGUAUCAGCAUUAACCACUUUAUCAAAUGUCAGCUUGGACACUAUCUAUAAGGAGAUGGUCACGCAAGCUCAACAGGAAAUAACAGUACAACAGCUAAUGGCCCAUUUGGACUCUAUCAGGAAAGACAUGGUCAUCCUAGAGAAAAGUGAAUUUGCAAAUCUGAGAGCAGAGAACGAGAAAAUGAAGAGUGAAUUAGAACAAGUUAAGCAACAAUUAAUAAAUGAAACCAGUCGAAUCAGAGCAGAUAAUAAACUGGAUAUCAACCUAGAAAGGAGCAGAGUAACAGAUAUGUUUACAGAUCAAGAAAAGAAACUUAUGGAAGCAACCACAGAAUUUACCAAAAAAGAUACCAUAACCAAUAGUAUUAUUUCAGAAACCAGUAAUAAAAUUGACACUGAAAUUGCUUCUUUAAAAACACUAAUGGAAUCUAACAAGCUUGAGACAAUUCGUUAUCUUGCAGCCUCAGUGUUCACUUGCCUGGCAAUAGCAUUGGGAUUUUACAGAUUCUGGAAAUAG